GAGUUAAGCUGCGUCAUUUCCGUUUCAACAACUGGCGGGACUUCUCCUCAUGGUGGCUGCUGAGUAGGUUGUUGACAGACCUCGAGAAGUUGUUUUCACGCAGCACAGGUGAUUAUUUUAAUACAAGAUGAUGGCUACAAAUGGAAAAGAAGCCUGCGGAGUAAAUGGCGACGCAACAUCGGUGUCGUCAAACGGCAGCAAUGGCGCUUUUGCUAAGAAGUCACACUCAGCGGAGGUAAACGGAGCGGCAACCGAGGCGUCAUGUCACCCCAAGCUCCAGAACGGUGGAGCCGGGCGGCCCGAGCGGUUCACCUUCACCAGCGAGCCCACCAUUGAGGACAUCAGGCGGAUGCAAGCGGAGUUUACGGACGAGCGGGACUGGAACCAGUUCCACCAGCCCCGCAACCUGCUGCUGGCCAUGGUCGGUGAGGUGGGAGAGGUGGCGGAGCUCUUCCAGUGGCGCGGGGAGGUGGCCGAGGGCCUGCCGGACUGGACCGAGUCGGAGCGGGAGCACCUGGCGCACGAACUCAGCGACGUGAUGAUCUACCUGGUGGAGCUCGCCGAGAAGUGUCGCGUCGACCUCCCCCAAGCGGUGCUGCGUAAAAUGGCCCUAAACCGACAGAAGUACCCCGCCAGCAAGGUGCACGGGUCGGCCAAGAAGUACACUGAAUACAAGGACUGAGCCCGGGUGUCAGUCACAGGGACGCUGGUUGCAAUGACUGCUGGAGCUGCUCACAGACAACAAGCUGCAGUUUAACUCUGAACAUUAUCCACUUGGUUUAAAUGUGCUUUCUUAUGGGGUGUCUUGUUACAUAGCUGUAUGAAUGCUCUUAACUUUUCUUUUUUUUAAAAAAACAUUUUCUGUCACAAACAUUUGUUAGCCCACAUUAUGCAAAGUCACAAUCAGUAGGCAAAGGCUCUUGGGACAAACUGCGUGUUGGCUUUUAUUGAGGUUGUUUUAAAGUCUGUUUUUAUUCUGGUCGUCGAGUGAAUCUAGGGCAAUAAGAAAAGUAUUGCUAUUGUGCUGUGCCUUCAGGGAGUGUCUAGAUGAAAAUAUUUUCUUUUUGAACAUUUGAGAGAUUGGCUGAAGUUUACAGCAAAGACGGAGCACUGGAAAAAUUUGAAGAGUUGGAACUGAUGAUCACUGUCCUGACUAAAGAGGUUGAAUUGUCUCUUUAUCUGGUUUGGACCAACUCAUUUUCUGUUUUUGUUCACAGCUGUCUUUUUUUCCUAAAGUAAAAAAAAAAAGAGCUAUAAUUCCA